GGGCGCGGGCGACGCCUUCGGCGCCGCGGCGCCGCGGCCUUGCGCCGCGGCCUCCGCCGCGACCCCGGCGCCCGCGGAGCCCGCACCGAGCACGGCGCCGAGCAGGAGCACGCUGCCGGGGGGCGGCAGCCGCGGCGGGCUGCUGGGGAAGCUGCAGAAGACGGUGAGCCAGACCGUGGCCAGGGUGGAGACCCAGAUCGAGGCGCUGACGAGCGGCGGCGGCGGCGGCGACGUGCCGCCCCCGAGCCGGGCGCGGGCGGCCGCACCCGGGCUCACCGACGAGGAGCAG